UUUUUUUUUUUUUUAUUUUUUCAUUUCUUUUAUUUUUUUAAUACAACAAAACAUUUUGUGAUGGAUACCAUAGAUGAUCCUUUGGAUUUUGAAACCACUGAAUUACAAACAUUAGAUGAAAACUUUCGAUGUCCUAUUUGUAAAGAAUUUUAUGAUACAGCCAUGAUUCUUAGUACUUGUUCUCAUUCCUUCUGCGCCAUGUGUAUUCGACGAAGUCUUGCUGCUGAACAAUGUUGUCCUAAAUGUAGAGCUCCUGGUCACGAUUCUAAUCUUCAUAAUAAUUACGAUCUAGAUAAUGUUAUUCAUGCUUGGAAAUUAGCAAGAAAGAAAAUCUUGGAACUUCAGGAAACAACUGGAUCAUAUACAAGUCAGACAACGAUACAACAAGAAGAAUCUAGUCAUGUUAGUCAAAUGGAAUCAACUUGUUCAACAAGACGAUCUACUCGAUUAAAAACAGUAUCAAGUAGAACAGAAGAUCCUGACCUUGUUACUUGUCCAAUAUGCCAACAAAAAAUGCAUAUGCUUGUAUUGAAUCAACAUGUAGAUCGAUGUCUUGAUGGUGAUAGUACUAUACCUCCUUUACCAAGCAAACCAACCACCCUAGGGAAGAAAAAAAUCAACACAGGGAAGAAACCUAUCAAGAUAGUUUAUGAUAUGUAUAAGGAUAAAGAUUUACGGCGAAUGUUGAAAGUAAAUGAAAUAAUAACAAAAAAAAAAAAAGGAAAGGAGAUAUGUGUUGAUGAUGUUUUUUUUUCUAUAGGAUAUGGAUUUACCAGAUCAUGGUGAUAGGUCUCUACUUAUAUGGCGAUAUAAAGAAUAUGUGACAAUGUAUAAUGCAAAUAUGGAUUCAUCAGAUCCUAUGGACAUUAAACAAUUGAUUCGACAACUUCAAGCUGCUGAAACUCUGCAAUUCUCUGGUAGAACCACUACGAAACGAUCAGCACCUGAUGCUCAAUUACACAA